GCCCUGGAAAACAAUAAAGAAGAAGCAUUAGUCCUGAAGGAAAAGAAUGAGGAAAUGGAGUCACGUCUCUCUGAUUAUGGCAGGACAUUAAGUCACUUGGCUCAAGAAAAGAGGAAAAACGAACAGCUGGAAAAUCAGCUUCACAUAGUCGAAAGUGAGGGACACAACUUAAUGAAGUUGCAGCAGCUGUUACAAAAGCAACAUUCUGAUGUGACAAACGCAUUAGAAGACUCUAGGCAGGAGUUAAAGAGAACCAGAGAAGACCUAAGUGCUCUAGGGCAACUUGAAAAGCAGCAUGCCCAGGAGCUUCAAGACAUCAAAAGAGUACAUUCAAACGAAACCUCUCAGCUAUUCCAAGAUAUGAAACUUGUGGAGAUGAAGAAAAUAGAAGCAGAACAAAUAAUCAAAGAUCUUAUGAACAAAGAAAAGUGUUUACAUACACACAAAAAAGAUUUAUCAUUUAAACUUCUCAAAGCAUUGAAACUUAUUUACCAAACAAAAUUGAAAUUUAGAAUUGCAAAUGAGAAAGUACAGGAACUAACAUCACAGAUACAAUCUCUGAGAGAACAGAAGAUCCAAAAGGAGGAUGAAGUAACGGUACUAAGUUCCGAAAUUUCUGUACUAAAUGAAAAAGUGAAGCAAAAGAAUAAUGAAAAUGAAAUUCAGUCAUCACAAGAUCAAUUGCAACAAUGUGUCAGCAAUCUACAAAUACAAGUUGAAGACCUUCAGGGCCAAUUACUAAAAGCAAAACAUAAAAUGCAAAACGAUUGUCAUAAAACAGAAGCAAUUUUACUAAUAAAAGAAGAUAAUAUAUUGCAAUGCAAGGAGCAAAUUCAUUUACUUAAGGAAAAGGCACAUCGUCUACAUUCUGAACUUGUUGAAGCUCAAAACAAAUUUCUCCAUCAGAAUCAAGAACUAAGCAAAUUGAAACGAGAUAUGGUAUCGCUCCAGGCAGAAAAGCGUGACCUCUCACUGAAAUUGCAAGUAACAGAAGGCUAUUUGAGUGAAGAGAAGCAGCAGAGAACUUUUCUUGAAGAUUCAUACAAAAAAAUAUUGGGAAAGCAUUCCAGUGAAGAGAAAUCAUAA